AUGAUAUCAAUCCAACAACUUUUCAUACGACGUACUUGUUUAGCUUUACUAAUAUUUCUAUUAUGUCUGAUUACUUAUUGUUAUUAUGAUUCCGAAAAUAAUUAUAUUCCUAUUAAUAUCAUAUUGAAUGAAUAUUAUUCAAUUGAAAAACAUCUUGAAAAAAUACAAAACUGUACUUCAGAAGAUCAUUUUCGUCAACGAAUUUUACUCACUAUGUUUCAUGCAUGGAGUCAUUUUACUGAUAUACAUAAUAUUCAGUAUUGGGUAGCUUACGAAACACUUGUUGGUUAUAUACAACGUCGAGGUUUAUUACCUCAUGAGCUUGAUAUUGACGUAUUAAUGUUAGUCCAAAUACAGAAAACCUGA